AUGAUCCGUGACCCUUUUCAUCACAGUCCCUUCCGCUUCGCCGGUUUAUUUAAUGUAGCAUUGGACAUAAACGCCCAUGAAAAUCUAUCAAAUGAUGCCAACAAGAUGGCACACUGGCGUAUCUUUCCGGUGCUGAUUCCGUCCGAUGCGACACCGGUGGAAUACAGUUUGGCGCAACUUCAUGCCGAGAAUGUGGCGUCAUCAACGACGUUUUCGAAUCCCGUCUAUGAAAUGGAAGAAUCGCCGGACGUACAGUCAGUAGCGACAACGCCAUCGUCGCUGGCAACUCCAGUACUCGAACCGCUGCAUGCUGCGUCAGCAAUAUCACGUUCCCAGUCACUUGAUAUCAAACCUGAACUCUCUACUGCUAUUAUUGCGCCGCAUGCGGAUUUGAGGCCCGGUGCGCCGAUUCCACCAAAAAGAACUCUAAAGGAAGGCAGCGACAAAGUGAAGCUUGUAAGCGGUGAUCAAGUUACAGACGUGUAA